AUGAAAAAUCAUAAAAAUAAGGACUGUGAAAACACUGAGAAUCAUGACGUGCUUCAUACUAUAAAUCGAUACUGGCAUGCAAUCAUAAAUCGUUUAUCAGAAAAAAAUGUUGAAGAUCUCUUAAGUAUUUUGAAAUCAACCAACAGUGGAUUGAAUGAUAUUAAUCCUGAGUUAUUAUCAGAGGAAUAUAAUCGACAGAUGAUCCUCGGUUAUGUUAUUUAA